GACAGUUCGGAAGCCCGUUCUCGCGGGAUUUUCCGAGUCCGGGUUGGAAGUUGCAGUGGGCUGUAAGGGAGGCCCGAUACUGAGAGGGAGGGUAAGGGGGAGAUUUUCCCGCCGGUUGUCCUUCUCCCCCGGCUAGGUGAGCGCCGCCUUGCUAGCUUCCGGCUCUGAUGCAGUCUCGGACGCCACCGUCCCGUAUCCCUGGACCACCUCAAGCUCCACAUUUGCUCUCUCUUCUCCCGUGACGUCGGGCUUCGGGGGAGCGAUGUACGGAGGGAGGCUGGAGGUGGAGUUGGUCGCCGUCUGCCCGCCCCCCUCCUCCUCCUCCUCGCCGUCCUCCGCCGCCUGUCAGGUGUUAAAUGCAACCAGGCUGCCAGGCCCCUCCCCCUGGGCAGAUGGAUCCCUCUGCCCCGAAACCCCGCGCGGAAACCACCAGCAAAGCUAUAUGGCAUCCAGGAGAAAGAUGUCUUGCCCCGUCUCCAAAUAAUGAAAAACUUUGUGAAGCAAGCAUAAAAUCUAUCACAGUGGAUGAAAAUGGCGAGUCAUUUGCAGUCAUCUUAUAUUCAGAUUUUCAAGAAAGGAAAGUGCCUCUUAAAAGACUUCAAGAAGUAAAAUCUGUUAAAGAGUACUCUAGGAAUUUUAUAUUUGAUGAUGAAGAUUUGGAAAAACCUUAUUUCCCAGACCGGCAAUUUCCAUCAUCUGCUGUUGCUUUUCAAUUAUCUGAAGAUGGAGCCUCUAUUCCUUACACUAUUAAUAGGUAUUUGAGAGACUACCAACGGGAAGGAGCCCAGUUUCUCUAUGGACACUUCAUCCAAGGAAGAGGGUGUAUUCUUGGUGAUGACAUGGGACUUGGAAAAACAGUACAGGUUAUUUCAUUUUUGGCUGCAGUUUUGGGUAAAAAAGGAACUCGUGAAGAUAUUGAAAAUAAUAUGCCGGAGUUUUUACUAAGAAGUAUGAAAAAGGAAGCUCCUUCUUCUGCAGCAAAAAAGCUAUUCUUAAUAGUUGCUCCUCUUUCUGUUCUCUACAACUGGAGGGAUGAAUUGGACACCUGGGGAUAUUUCAGAGUUACUAUUUUACAUGGUAACAAAAAAGAUAAUGAACUGAUUCGUGUAAAACAGAGGAAAUGCGAGAUUGCUCUAACAACUUAUGAAACACUGCGCUUAUGUCUGGAUGAACUUAACAGUUUGGAAUGGUCAGCUAUCAUUGUAGAUGAAGCUCAUAGAAUCAAGAAUCCAAAGGCUAGAAUAACAGAAGUUAUGAAAGCUUUAAAAUGUAAUGUCCGAAUUGGCCUCACUGGAACCAUUCUUCAGAACAACAUGAAAGAAUUGUGGUGUGUUAUGGACUGGGCUGUGCCAGGACUUUUAGGUAGUGAGAUCCACUUCAAGAAGCACUUUUCUGACCCAGUAGAACAUGGUCAGAGACACACAGCAACAAAAAGAGAAUUAGCUACUGGCCGAAAGGCCAUGCAAAGACUUGCAAUAAAGAUGUCUGGAUGGUUCCUCAGGCGUACCAAGAUUCUAAUCAAAGAUCAGUUGCCUAAGAAGGAAGACCGGAUGGUGUAUUGUUCUCUGACAGAUUUUCAGAAAGCUGUCUAUCAAACAGUGUUAGAAACAGAAGAUGUGUCUUUGAUACUUCAGUCUUCUGAGCCUUGUCCCUGCGGUAGUGGCCAAAAAAGGAGAAAUUGUUGUUAUAAGACCAAUUCACAUGGCGAAUCAGUGAAAACCUUGUAUUUCAGUUACCUCGCAGUCCUUCAGAAGGUAGCUAACCAUGUCGCAUUACUACAGGCCGCUAGCACCUCCAAGCAACAGGAAACACUUAUCAAAAGGAUAUGUGAUCAAGUAUUUUCCAGAUUCCCAGAUUUCGUGCAAAAAAGCAAAGAUGCAGCCUUUGAAACACUUUCUGACCCAAAAUACAGUGGAAAAAUGAAGGUUCUUCAGCAGCUUUUAAAUCAUUGCAGGAAAAACAAAGAUAAAGUUCUUCUUUUCUCCUUUUCCACCAAGUUGCUUGAUGUGCUGCAACAAUACUGCAUGGCGUCUGGGCUUGAUUACCGACGACUUGAUGGAAGUACAAAGUCAGAGGAAAGAAUCAAGAUUGUGAAAGAGUUCAACAGCACACAAGAUGUUAAUAUUUGCCUUGUCUCCACAAUGGCUGGUGGACUAGGCCUCAAUUUUGUUGGUGCCAAUGUGGUUGUGCUAUUUGAUCCUACUUGGAAUCCAGCCAAUGAUCUUCAAGCAAUUGACAGAGCAUAUAGGAUUGGGCAAUGCAGAGAUGUCAAAGUGCUUAGGCUGAUAUCCUUGGGAACUGUGGAGGAGAUCAUGUACUUACGGCAGUUAUACAAGCAGCAACUUCACUGUGUGGUGGUUGGAAGUGAAAAUGCCAAGCGAUAUUUUGAAGCAGUUCAAGGAUCAAAAAAGCAUCAAGGAGAGCUUUUUGGGGUCUAUAAUCUCUUCAAACUAAGGUCCCAAGGGUCUUGUCUUACAAGGGACAUUUUGGAGCGAGAAGGCCAGGUGGAAGCGGGGGUCAUGACAGCUUCAACAUGGUUGAAAGAGGAACCUCCAGUACACAAACCAGAAACUGCUAGGAAGCCUGACGGUCCGGAACACAGAGGUCCAGAACAACUUGCAGAACCACUACUGGCAAAAGAAGCAUGUGACUUCUGCAGUGAUUUCAGUGAAGAUGAAUUGGGAAACUCAAUAGUAAAGACUGCUAAAAACAAAGCAUCCGACUCAAAUAAAACGUCAGGUUCUCCUGGACAGCUUACUUUACUCCAGUGUGGUUUCUCCAAAUUGUUUGAGACAAAAUAUAAAGCAGUUGAGGAUAGUGAUGGAGAUACUGCCUCUGACGAUGAAAGUUCUGAUGAACAGCCCACAUGCCUUUCAACAGAAGCGAAAGAUGCUGGUUGUCAGAAAAGUCAAGGCUCUCUUGGUAUUUCAAAACCUCGGAGAUUAGCUAGCCCCCUAAAUCCAAGUGAAAAAUGUAUUUUGGGUAAAAGUGAGAAGAUUUUAGAACAGAAUAUUUCUUCUGAGUCUGAUGAUGAGAAAAUUUGUAAAAAUCCAGCUGACCGCCACUGCAUUUUACAGAAUAUCAGUGACUCAGAAGAUAGUGAUGUCAUCCUUCCCACGCAAUAUACACCUCAGGGAUUCCCUAAGAAGAAUAUAAGGUUUAAGCUACCUGUGCAUGGCUCUGAAGACUCUGAAACAGAAAACCCUGUAAAAGUAAAAAAUAACGGUGAUGAUAGAAGGACCAGUGUCAGAGGAAAUGGACUAAUUUCAAAACACUCAAAUCCUGAGAAUCCAGCCCUGAACUCUAUCACGAAAAGAAAAGGCAGUAGUGAUAUUAGUGACGAAUCCGAUGACAUUGAACUUGCCUCCACGUCAAAAGUAAGAAAGCAAAGAGCUACUAGUUCUCUGAGGUUUAAGAGAAAAAAGGAAGAUAAAAGGGAACUUUAUACUAAAACACUGAGGAAGACAAACCAACUGUGUGCAGCAGAUCAAGACUGUAACUCUCAGGCUAUUGAUGAGUUUUCAUCCUCAGAUGACGACUUAUCUGUUGGCCACGUCAGUCUCUCUAAACAGAACCACAGACUAAAAACUGUGGAGGACAAAAUCAGUUUCUCUUCAAAAUUAACUAGCCAUGAGAAAAACAACAAUUCCAUACCAAGAAAACCCAUGAAAUUUUCAAAUGAGAACACUGUCAGUCAAGAGCAGAUGUGUGAAUCAAUGGAUAAGUUUUUAGAUGGUGUUCAGGAAGUGGCUUACAUUCACUCAAACCAGAAUGUGAUUGGAUCAAGCAAAGCUGAAAAUCACAUGAGCCGAUGGGCAGCACGUGAUGUAUUUGAAUUGCAGCAGUUUUCCCAGCUUCCCGCAAACGUGGCCAUUUGCACUUCUAAGGAAGAACGUAGGGCACGUAAGGUAAAAGUGAAGGGAGACACAUUAACACAGACAAAGGAAUGUCAACAACCAAAUGAAGGAGCCAUUUCCUUUCCCCUUUACAUCUCACACCCCGUCAGCCAGAAGAAGAAGAAAGUCUACCGGACAGACCAGACUACCUUCAUUAUUGGAGAAACACCAAAAGGUAUCCGAAGGAAACAAUUUGAAGAAAUGGCUUCCUACUUUAAGAUACCUUCUGUAAAGGAAUUUGCUAACCAAAUAACUAAUGCCACAUCAGAAGAACGACAGAACAUGCUAAGAGACUUUUAUGCUUCUCAAUAUCCAGAAGUAAAGGAAAUUUUGGUGGCUGCUCCUUCGCAAUUCAUUAAAGAUGCCUCUGAGGAAAGAGAGAGAGUCAGGAAUAAGUCUGAAAAUAGAGAAUCUCUUGGAGAAGAAAGGCUGUCAGAUUCUGAAGCUUUGUCAUUUAAAAAUUCUACCCAAAGACAGUUGCAAAUUUGCAGCCCAAAAAUAUAUAAAGAAAAAUCAAUUAAGUUCCGGAAUCACAGUUUCCGUAGAGAAGAAGUCCUUUCUAAAGAUGUGGAAACAAAAAAAUUACCUAUAAGCUCUACCCAAGAGACUACCAAUGGGAAAAACAGCCAAGCUUCCAAAGAUCCUGUAGCAUCCUGUUCCCUGAGUAGUAAGUCUGGAGCAUAUGAGUUAGAAAAGAUAGAAGAUACCCUGAAAGACCAACAGGACCUCACAGAAUUGAGUGUUUCAAGAAAUGGACCCCUUUUCAAAGGGGAAAACAAGAAGAUAGGAAGUCCAGCGUUAGAAAAGCCUUCUGUGGUAGGUUUGCUUGGUGAUACCUCUAUUCUGGAUGACCUCUUUAAAAGUCAAGGGAACAGUCCAAAGAAAGUUCUUUCAGGGCCCACGGAGAAAGCAAAACAGCGACCAAAAGAUGUCUGGGACAUCCUGAAUGAGCAGAAUGACGACAGUCUCAGGAAACUCACCGACUUGGCAGUAAUAGAGACUCUUUGUGAAAAAGUGCCCUUGGCCUCAUCCUCCAAAAGGAAAGAGGAUCCCGAAGCUUCUCUUUGGAAAUCAAAUGAGAAAUUUUUGUGGAAAAAAUUUAACUCGAGUGCUUCAGAUGAAAACACAACUAAGAUACAAGAGUAAUACAUACACAUACAAACGAAUUACUACAGCCAAUGAACUUCUGCUGUUAAUGUUUACAACACUAAUUAUGUUAUAUAUUUGUCAACAUACAUUUUUAAUAAACUCUUGCUUUAGGGUUUUUUGCGGGGUUUUUUGUUGUUGUUGUUGUUGUUGUUGUUUUCUUU